GCUCCUCAUCUACUCACUCGUCCUCUUUGAUCUUCACCUUUCUCCAAUUCCCACAAAACAAAAAAUGGAGAACGAUGCAACCACCAACAUUCCCACCUUCUUCAAACAUAAUUACCCGCCAGAUUUUCUCAAAAAGGUAAUUGCGGAAAUAAUAGCGACAUAUCUAUUGGUGUUUGUGACAUGUGGCACGGCCGGUCUAAGUAGUAUCGAUGAACACAAGAUUUCGAGGCUCGGAGCCUCCAUCGCGGGCGGUCUCAUCGUCACCGUCAUGAUCUACGCUGUCGGCCACAUCUCCGGCGCCCACAUGAACCCCGCCGUCACCCUCGCCUUCGCCGCCGUCCGCCACUUCCCGUGGAAUCAGGUACCAUUUUAUGCAGCUGCACAGAUAACAGGUGCUACUUGUGCUGGAUUCACUCUACGUGUUCUAUUACAACCUAUCAAACAUGUGGGCACAACUUCUCCUUCUGGGACAGACCUUCAAGCCUUAAUCAUGGAAAUAGUAGUUACAUUUUCUAUGAUGUUCGUCACCUCUGCCGUUGCUACUGAUACCAAAGCUAUUGGGGAGCUUGCAGGGAUCGCGGUCGGGUCUGCAGUGUGCAUCACUUCCAUUUUAGCAGGGCCGAUAUCUGGAGGAUCGAUGAACCCGGCAAGGACGAUCGGCCCUGCACUAGCAAGCAACUACUACAAAGGCAUUUGGGUGUAUUUACUAGGCCCUGUUUGUGGCACAUUAGGUGGAGCUUGGUCUUAUAAUUUUAUUCGUAUCUCAGACGACCCUACCGCUGCAAUAACCCCAUCCCUCUCGCUGUCGUUCAAGCUCCGUCGUAUGAGGAGUACUGACAGCAAUGUGCUGCCAAACUAAAAUCUCAACCAUGUGUAAUGUUUUGGCAUGUACUACAAUAAUACUACCAAAAAAAUAAAGUUUUUAAGUACUUCAGAAAA